GUCUCGCCCGGAAAAGGAAAACUCAUCAUAUACGUUGAACGGAAUCACCUGACCAUCCGAUAUCAGUGUGCCGUCGGCGAACGUCACUUUGUUUACGAGAGAAGUCACCGAAAAGAUUGAAAACAUUUGGCGUGUUCGUGAUCAUUACUUUUUUUUUGUUACCAUUCUGAGUGAAAAAGCAUCGACCAAUGUUGUGAAGGAUGAAAUAAGAAUUGCGUAAAAGCAAGACAGAGAGCAGAAGAGUUGAAAAGCAUAUAGCCUAUUGUGUAUUGUGAAGAAAGCGCACGCACAAACGGAGCGGCUCCAGGAAGAGUUGCUGCGGAGUUGACGGGUGAAAGCGCGGAAAACGUUCAGUCAAAAGGAAAACUUACAGACAAAAUUGACGUCCGUGCGGAGCAUGUAGCGCGUCGGUUUCAUCCAGUACAAAGCAUCAGAACGGAAGUUGGUCUCAUUCACAAUUAGUUAGCACGGUAGUUUUGCCCUUAGCCGUAGUAUUAAAAACCGUAGUGUCAGGGCAGCGUAGUGGAAUCCCGUGGCAACAUCAUCGAGCAAUCAACGUAGAUGGUAGGCUGCAGUAAAUAAGCGCGCGCGUGAUUCAUAGCUAGCUCGUAGUGAAUUAACACCAAUUGAAACCGAAUUGUGGUUACAUUGUGCAUGCAAAAGUGUAACAGAAGAAAGAAAAAAUUGAAGAUCUGAAAAAUUUGAUACCACACAUACCCACACGUAUAUAUAUGUUGUUGUAGAAGCUCAAACGGGGUUUCCUUUUUUUUGGUGGUGCAUCGUUAUUAAUAUCCUGGAGUGCACAAAAGUAAACACGACAAAAAUAACACGUCAACUAGAUUAAUUAUUUUAUAUGGGUUGUCGUAUUUCGUCCUCGAACAAUGAAAACCUGUUCACACCAACGGAAGACAGUGAAAUGGCCACUACAAGCCACCAACCGAGUGUGGAUUACAAAGCGCGCCUAGAGCGGAAACAGUGCCUGGCAAAGGAAACACCGGAACCAAUAUACGAUUUGGAGGAUUGCAAUCUAAAAGAUGUGCCCGCUGGUGUGUUUGUUAUGUGCAAGGUCCUGCGGAAGGAUGCCCUCACACUGGCAAAGAAUAAGCUAUCCUCCCUGGUUGGGGGUGGCACACUGGAUGACCUACUCUUGCUGCAAUCGUUAAACCUAUCAUACAAUCGCUUCAAGAAGCUGCCCGAAGAUAUAUACAAACUAGAAAACCUCAGGGAAUUAUUUUUAGCGAACAACGCCUUGGAGAAACUACCGACGACGAUAGGACGACUAAAGAAAUUGGAACUGCUCAAUCUUUCAGCAAACAAUCUAGCGAGCGUAGAACAGAUAGCGUUCAUGACCAACCUUAGAGUACUGGACAUUAGCGGAAAUGUACGUCUUUCUCAGCUGCCCAGCCAGCUGGCAACGUGUGAUAAUCUCGUAGAUAUUGUGCUCGAUCCGGCAUACAUAGUGAACCCACCGGCAGAUGUAGUGGCCGGUGGUACGUACGCCAUCGUAAAGUAUCUGUCGACCGGUGAAUUCCAUCCAGAUCCGAGCGGGAAAACCGAUCCGGAUGGUACCGUGUCGGUCGCUUUCGAUCGCCAGAAGGCAACCACGUCCACUUUCCUCAACAGCGAACGUAGCGACCAGCUCCAGCAGGAACUGGCCCGCGAUCGGUACGAGAAGGAGCGGAAGCUGCUCGAGCGCGAACGGUUGGCAUUCGAAAAGGAUAUGCUAACGGAGAGCAGGCUCCACGAACAGCAGCAACAGCGGAAACAAGUGUUGCUACAGCAACUGCUCGAACAGCAGAAUCAUAACGAAACGCAAGUGAACAAACUGCAGCAGGAAAAGCAGACGGAAAGGGAACGGCUUAUCGAUAACAUUAUCAAGGAUGACCAACAAUCAAACGAGCUGGUAAACAAUCUGCUUGCACUGAAGAAUGGUCCCGAUCCGGCAUUCCUCGAGCAGGAACGGGAAGAGCAGAAGCGGCUGCUCGAGCAUUUGCACAUCCAGCAGAACGAUCUGCGCAAACAGGAGGUACUCGGUGCGAUGACCAAUCUGCUCGAAAAUGAAAUCAACAUCAUACAAAACUUUCACAACCAACGGGAUCAAUCUUCGCGCAGCAUACUCGAGCGCGAGUACGAAACGAACAAUUUGCUGAACAAUGUGUUUUUGAACUAUGACAAAAACCGGCAGGACGUGAUCGACCAGAUAACGAACGACGAGGAUAUACAGAAGAGCGCUGUAGCGGCCCUGAUCGCACGGAACGAUUCACGCACCUGGGGUUUGGUGGAGCAGGUGCGAAUCGUAGAAACACAGUUAGCCGCACUAACGCUGUACGAAAUCGAACGCAAGAAGGUUAACCAGGACGAUCAAAUUAUUAAUUUGACCGAUCAGCGUAUAAACUUAACGUACGUUCUUACGGAUUUGCUCAAACAACAGGACCAACGUAAACAGCAGCUUCUGGAUACACUGAAGAUAAUUGAAAAGCAAAAGGAAAAUGAACAAACCGAUUUUUGGUUGCUGCAGUACCAGCGGCUCCUGGACCGACAGCCGACGGAAGUUUCGCACGAUACCGCUUCAAUCGAUCCCGUACUGGGGUAUCAAUUUUUAGCGAACGGUGUAGUACACUGUUUACCCUUCUUGUCGAAGAUAUGGCAAAACAAGGACAAGGAAUUGUGCAACGUUACCGAGCAGGAUUUGAUGAACGCUGGCGUACAAAACCCCACAGAUCGGCAUGGCAUUUUGCAGUCGAUAGCAAACUAUUACGAUUAUUUGAACGGUAGAAUUGACUAUCCGGAAGGGGAAUCGAUUACGGUUACCCCGAUGGCGACAGCACCAAUCGAAGAAGGUUACCAUCGCGAUGACGAACGUAGAAGCAGCUCGGUCGAGAUGGGUUUGGAAGUCGAACCAACAGCCGUGCCGCCGAGUGUUCCGCGUGUUUCCACCUCGGGUGGUGCUGGUCCUAGAGGUCCGGCGGUUCCAGAAUCGAACGAAGCGAUCAGUCCCGUAAGCGCUGGAACGGUGGCACAAUUUGCCGAAUGUGUUGUCUGUAUGGAACAAGUGGUACAAGUGAUAUUUUUACCAUGCGGCCAUAUGUGCUGUUGCUCCAGCUGUCAUACAGAGAUUCACGAUUGUCCGAUGUGCCGUGCCUACAUCGAGAGGAAAAUCAAAGUUAUACAGCCUUAGUUUAGCUGCCAUUAUGCAUCCGAUCCAUCCGACCACACUUGUGUGAUCAUGGCACAUACUACGGCAAUAAAGGGAUGGGUUGGACUUUCCGAGGGUGGAGAAUCAUUUAUUAUGAAAUGGGAAAAGAGUUUAUUCAAAUUUUCACGCCAAGCCGUCAAGUAACUAUACACACCAUUAGUCAAAUUAACAUCGAGUUCAUAUUACAUACUUCUAGUCAAACAUUUAAAUUUCUUUUUUGAGUUGUACUUUCAAUUUAAUUCUUACUUCCUAUUGCUAUCAACAAAAGCCUAUAAUGACGUUCUUUAAAAAAAAACACACACACAAACAUCAAUUAUACAACACACCGCAGUUGGAAUGAACUUCGGAUCAAACUAAGUCGCACCAUAUUGGGCUAAAUCUUGCACACGACCAGAGUUGGCCCAUUAUUUCGUGACGCUUUUGGCUUUCAACUAAAUUUUAAAUAAAUCUGAAAAAAAAUUAUUCAUACCCAAUACGUCGUAGCAAGUAAGAUAAGAGCAAAACACCAAACACAUUUUGCCAUUUAACAUAAAUCUAUACUCAUUGAUAUCGUUCAAAACGAACAUAAAAUAGGUUAGGAUGUUUUAUUUUGGAUAAAGAUAAUCAUAUCGUGCCGUUACGUUCUGGAUGAUCCAAAAUCAUCGCAAAAUUUUCUGUGUUUGUUACGUUUUUAACUGUUAUCAUAAGCAAAUGGAAACCGUUCAACUCUAGCGAAAAGACAUCUUUAUUAAAGAACACGAAAAAUCGUUGUCAGAACGUCUCUCGAUAAGCGUUAAUUGUUCGUUCGUUCGUUGGGCUUCUUUUAAACUCGUACAAAAGCACGUACAUAAACACGUACACGCGUUGUACGUGUUCAAUCAAUCAAUCAAUUCGCGAUACAGACACGUGUGUUUCUUUAGUUAACAAAACAAAAACUAAUAUCAGUCAAGUGCAGGUAGCUGUUUACCUUUGCGCUACGGACAUUUGUGCAAUAUGAUGCAAUUAACUCAUUUUCGUUUAGAGAGUGCCUUUCACGCUAAUAAUAACACUAGUGUCUAAUCUGUGGCGAGAGAAAAAAAAACAAAACAUGAAUAUUUAGCCCUUUAUUGCCCAACAGAGGGUCUCUAUAUAUAAUAUCCACCUUCGUAAGGAAAUUGAAUUUAAGGGUUUUACUUUCAUUGAUAUCAUAACCGUGUAUCAUUGUUUUUUUUUAAACUGGAUUCAAUGCAUUUACAGUUGCACACGAGAGCAAUACAUAUACUGCACAAUGCAUACAAACAAUCGAAACAAACACAGCAAAAAUAAAAUCAUAGCAAAACGUUUGCAUUUCAGUUAUAGUUUAAUGAAAACGAACAAAAUCAGGCUGACUAAAUGGGUUUAGUCAUUAAAGCAACAACAUACAAACAUAUAUAUUAAACCUUAUCUUACAAUCACAAAUAUUAAGUGUUCCGGGUACUGGAACCACUUGCAUUUUACGUUCGCUCGUGAACAUUUAUGGUUAUGGUUUGUUAUAAGGAAUGUUUCAAAUAAAGUUUUAUCGCACUA